AAUUGUAAUCAUCCUGUGAACGACAACGACAUUUCACCAUUAGAUUUCACCACGAUGAUCGUUGCAGUGUUUGUUUUCAUUUUCGGCUUGUGCGACUUCGGCGAUGGCUCCGCCAUACCCGUGUGGGAGUUUUUGAAGAAGGAAGAGAAGACCUCUUUCUUGUACUCCGUCUUCGCCAAAGAUGUUGAGAAGCAAUGUUCAACAAUGACGGAAGAUAAUUGUCUUCAGGACACGCUCAAGUACGGUCUGGCUAAGCUAAAAGCUUUAACCGAGGAAGACCUGGACAACCUAGACCCGUACCAACGAGGCGGCAACAACUUAAUUUGGACAACGUUAUUGGAAGGCCACAAGUUCGCCGAGUACACCCCCGAGCCCCAACCCACAACCACGGCAAAACCAAACAGCUACGAGGACGACACCAACGACUUGGAGUUUGGCUCCGAAGGAAGCGCCUCAGCCAAAAUCGACAACGUCUACAAGGUACUACCUCCGGAGGACUUCGUCUAUAAAGGGGUGAUCAACAACGCCCAAAGCGUCGCUAAUUUGGACGACACGUUGAAGGGUUUCAAGCCCCAGGUCCCCUUCGGUCCUUUGGUGGUUAAAGUUUAUCCGGACGGAAGUCCGGUGCCGGAAAUAAAGCGCACCCCUCAAGACGACGACCUGAGGCAGUACCAGUUGUCGAAAAUCAAACUUCCCAAUCUUUAACCACCAAAACUAGACUUUGCCCUUGUGGAUCUCAUGUAAAUAUUUGUAUAUAUGUUAUUGUAUAAGUUGUUGACUAUUUAUUUUUGGUAUUUUGCAAGUGUGAUAGUUUAUGUGUUUAUUUAUUAAUAAAUUAUUAUUCAAUACCCGUUCAA